AUGAAGUCGGACGAGGAGGACGAGCUGGGCGCAGAGGAGGAGGCCACCUUCGACUACGCGGACGGCGCCUGCCGAGACGCGGAGCCCAGGGGCAAGUGCUACAAGGCCGUCGACUGGGCGAUGACACAAGGCAUCUGGGAGCACCCCGAGUGGUACGAGGGCCUCAAGCCCACAUCGCCGUUCAAGGACUUUCAGGCCAAGCUCCACGAGACCAAGAAUGGCAACUGCCCGAAGCCGUGCACAGGAACGAAGACAAGGAGGCGGCCGGGCCCGAAGACGAGGAGACUGCCGCCCCGUCGCCCCCGAAGGCGGCGGGGCCGCCGAGCUCCGUGGCGGCGGAGGAGGGAGCAGACGAAGGCGGCCAGGAGGGCGACGCGAGCCCCGAGGACGGGGCGGAGAGCCAGGAGGAGGCGGAGAGCGAGGAGGAGCCGCGGCCGGCGCCCCGCCGCCCGCGCCAGCGGAAGAGGGCGGGCAGCCCGAAGAAGGAGGCGGGCGGGGCCGCGGCGAGGGCGAAGGCCAAGCACGCCGCGGCGGAGGCGGAGGAGGACGCCCCGGAGUCAGGGGACGGCGCGGAGACCACCAAGGCGCCCAUGCGGUCGGUCCUGCGGGUGGAGACGGUGGAGAACCCGAGCGCGAAUUGCAGCUGGGCCGGCGACGACUGCAGCCAGACCAGGUGCUGCAGAGAGGAAGCGUGCAGCUGGGACUUCGAGACCUGCAAUCCCCUGGUGUGCUACAAAAAGGACGACUCUCACGCCUCGUGCCUGGGGGACCGAGUGCCCUGAGGGCUGGGACUGCGCCGAGCUCGGGGCCAGCCCGCGAGUCCUUGAGCUGCCCCCGGCCGGGGAACUGGGCGAGCUCCACGGGGACCUGCUCUUCUGCUUCUCGGUGGUGACGCGGGCCAGCGGGAGGUCGGCCCUCCCUGAACCUCGGGGCGAAGGCGCGGAGGGCGGCGGCGACGUCGCGCUGUCGGCGUUCCAGAAGAAGGAGACGCGGGGGGGCGGAUUCGGCUGCGACGGCCACACCGUGAUCCACGGGAUGCAGCACGAGGUAGGCUCCUCGAGCUACAAGCCCCUGGUCGACGCGUUCAUCGACCACUGGAAGGCGAUCGAGGAGAAGGGGCACUACAGGAAGUACGACUGGGUUGUCAAGGUGGACCCGGACGCCGUGUUCUUCCCCGACCGCCUGAGGUCCCACCUGCACCAGCUGAAGGUCCCGGCGGGUGCCAGGGUCUACGUCGAGAACUCGGAGUUCAGGUACAGGCCGGCGGCCCCCGGGGUGCUGAGUGGGGAGGCGGCAGAGCUCCUCUUCUCUCACAUCGACGAGUGCGCGGAACACCUCGGCCACCAGGCCGGCCAGGACUACUUUCUCAAGGCGUGCCUCGACGCCAUCGGUGCGAACCACCAGGACGGCAUUUCGACUUUCCGCUUUCCGAGGUACAUGGAUCCUUACGCCAAGGACCCCUGCAGCGAUUCGAAGGCGGCCGCGUUCCACCCCUACAAGAAGGUGGCGGCGUGGCAGAAGUGUUGGCAGCGCGCCACGGAGGCCGGCGCCAAGGAGGCCGGCGACGCGGCCGCCUGA